CCAGCCAUGCCGUCCCGGGCCGAGGACUAUGAGGUGCUGUUUACCAUUGGCACGGGCUCUUACGGCCGCUGCCAGAAGAUCCGGAGGAGGAGCGAUGGAAAGAUAUUAGUUUGGAAAGAACUCGAUUAUGGUUCCAUGACAGAAGCUGAGAAGCAAAUGCUUGUUUCUGAAGUGAAUUUGCUUCGUGAACUGAAACAUCCUAAUAUUGUCCGUUACUAUGAUCGAAUUAUUGACCGGACCAACACAACACUGUACAUAGUAAUGGAAUAUUGUGAAGGAGGCGACCUGGCUAGUGUAAUUACGAAGGGAACUAAAGAAAGGCAGUACUUAGAUGAAGAGUUUGUUCUUCGAGUGAUGACUCAGUUGACUCUGGCCCUCAAGGAGUGUCAUCGACGAAGUGAUGGUGGUCAUACCGUGCUGCAUCGGGAUCUGAAACCAGCCAAUGUUUUCCUGGAUGGCAAGCAAAACGUCAAGCUCGGAGACUUUGGGCUGGCUAGGAUACUAAACCAUGACACAAGUUUCGCAAAAACAUUCGUUGGUACACCAUAUUACAUGUCUCCGGAACAAAUGAAUCGUAUGUCCUACAAUGAGAAGUCAGAUAUCUGGUCACUGGGCUGUCUGCUGUAUGAAUUGUGUGCAUUAAUGCCUCCAUUUACAGCUUUCAAUCAGAAAGAACUGGCUGGGAAGAUCAGGGAAGGCAAAUUUAGGCGAAUUCCAUAUCGUUACUCUGAUGAAUUGAAUGACAUUAUUACAAGGAUGUUAAAUUUACGGGAUUAUCAUCGACCAUCUGUUGAAGAAAUCCUUGAGAACCCUUUGAUUGCAGACUUGGUUAUGGAAGAGCAAAAAAAAAUUCCCGAGAGACGAGGGCGACGAUUAGGAGAGUCCCACAGGCUGCAGGAUUCCAGCCCUGUCAUGAGUGAGCUCAAACUCAAGGAGGUACAGCUACAGGAGCGAGAGCGGGCCCUCAAAGCAAGAGAAGAAAGACUGGAGCAGAAAGAACGUGAGAUCUGUAUUCGGGAGAGACUUGCAGAGGGCAAACUGGCGAAAGCGGAGAGUCUGCUGAAGAAUUACAGUCUGCUGAAGGAGCAGAGGCUCCUGUCUCUGGCCAGUAACCCAGACCUCCUUGAUCUUCCAUCUGCGAUGAUUAAGAAGAAAGUUCAUUUCAGUGGGGAAAGCAAAGAGAAUGUCUUGAGGAGCGAGAAUUCUGAGAGUCUGCUGACCUCAAAGUCCAAGUGCAGAGACCUGAAGAAAAGACUCCAUGCUGCUCAGCUGCGUGCUCAAGCCCUGUCGGAUAUUGAAAAGAAUUAUCACCUCAAAAGCAGACAGAUCCUGGGCAUGCGCUAG